CCUGUUUUUAUCACUGCUGGUUUUGCAGCUCUAGCGAUUGUCUAUGGAGUGUACCGUCGAUACUCUCAUAUCUCUUUGGCAGACGUUCCUGGCCCGGAGUCUGCAUCGUUUAUCAUGGGGAAUCUGAAAGAACUCUACCAAGGUCAGGCAGCGGAAGCUGACCUCAAGUGGCAAGCUCAGUAUGGGAAUAUCGUUCGCUUUAAGGGCUCUUUUGGCGAAGAUCAAUUGAUGAUUUCCGACCCGGCCGCCCUGCAAUACAUAUUUGCAAAGUCAGUUUAUCGGUUUACCAGACCGCCUGAUCGCCGUAUCCUCGCCCAGUUGGUCUGUGGAAAGGGAAUUCUCUGGGCGGAGGGUACGUCUUCAGCCACCAAAUCAAAACAUGGAAUGAUCUGUAGUUAA